CGAUGCCGCAAGGUGCGGGAGGGAGGGAGCAGGAAUGGCGGCGGCCGGAGGCUUCUCUCUGCCCUUGUGCAGCCUGAGGUGAACAUAACUGGUGUUGGCAGGAAGGUUGGAGUGUCUGUGCCCUGGAUCCCAUGAAGCCUGCAAUGAUGGAGGCACUGCCUGAGCUCUACACCAUCUUCCAGGGCGAGGUUGCCACAGUGACAGAAUAUGGGGCAUUUAUCAAAAUCCCUGGCUGCAGGAAACAAGGCCUUGUCCAUAGGACUCACAUGUCCUCCUGCCCUGUGGAUAAACCCUCAGAGAUAGUGGAUGUUGGUGACAAAGUCUGGGUGAAGCUGAUUGGAAAGGAGAUGAAAGAUGACAAACUGAAGCUUUCACUCUCCAUGAAGGUUGUUAACCAAGGCACAGGAAAGGACCUUGAUCCAAACAACGUUUCCCUUGAUCAGGAUGAGAGGAAAAAACGCACCUUCAGAGACUACACGAGCCAGAAGAUCACACUUGAAGCUGUCCUCAACACUGUGUGCAAGAAAUGUGGUUGCAAAGGUCAUUUUGCCAAGGAAUGCUUCAUGCAGCCUGGAGGUACCAAAUACAGCCUCAUUCCAGAAGAGGAGGAAGAGGAGGUGGCAGCAACAGGAACUGAAAGAGAUAAAAAGAGCAGCCUGGCUGAGGGUUCAUCCAGAAAAAGGAAAAAGGAGAAGAAGAGGAAGAAGAAGCACAAGAGUAAGGAAUCCUCAGAGUCAGACUCAGACAGCUCAGCCUCAGACAGUGAUGGGGCUGAGCCAGGCAGCAAGAGGCCCAAGCACCAGGGGAAGCCCAGCAAGGCUCAGAAGAAGAAGAAGAAGAAGAAGAAGCAUAAGAAGCCCCGGGACUGAGCCCUCAGACUGCCAGGGGAGCAGCACUGCCAGGGAGCAGCACUGCUGCACACCACGAGGGACAAGGAGUUUCCUUCUCAGCCUGUGGCUUUGCCCGUGGUGACUGUGAUAUCAGUUCCCCACAGUGCAGGCUGCUGUUUUCUCUCACCAUCAGACAUUCCUGGCAGAACUGCCUGGUGGCAGCCCAGCCCUGGCACCUCUCCCAGCCCAGCCCUGGCACCUCUCCCCUCCUGCAGCCUCACGUUUCGCUGGGGGAGCUGCCAGUGCUCUGAGGCUCCUGGGGCCAUCAGCAGUGCCUGUGUGCCCUCAGCCCCCUGGCACUGCCUGCAACAAGGUGGAACCAGGCAGCCACCCUCUCCCUGCCCAUCCUUGUGCAACGUUCAGGGGCAGGGGGGUAGUUGCUGGGCCUCAUCCCAGGGCUCCAUCCUCCAGCUAUGGAGCUGCUGGGCUCUGUUCUGCCAACCUUCCCCCCCUCCUUUGGUCUGCAAACACAGAGAGUGAAGGGUAAGAAGCACAUGGGGGGAAUGGAGAUAUUGUAAGUAAACAUGAGCUGGGGUGUGUUUGCUGCCUUGGUAAGUGAUGGAAAUAAAUCUGUGCAGUCUCCACUUGUA